AUGCUAGGCGCAUACGUGUGUCGGCAGUGUCGAACACGUCUAUCUCGACGCAUCGCCCCCACCCGAAGCCCUCAAUGGCAACCUAGAGCCACGAUCGUUUCGCUGGCCGGCCACAAACCAAACGACAAUGCCGAACCAUUGCGACAAGAAGCAUCGGCCCCUGCGAAAGAAGAGGAAGAGUCUGCACAAGAGGCGAAUCGCAAUGGACCUGAUAUAAACCUCUCAAAUCCACGAAUCCGCCAGCCCCUCUCCCGAUACUCCAAACUCAUAUACGACGAUACAGAAAACACCCCGACAUACACUGGUAGCCAAGGGGAACGUGCAUCUGGUGAGGCAGGCCAGAAGAGGUUGUCACAAGCGGAGCGGGCUCAUGCUGAUCCCGUGCUCGAUGCCCUUUACAAACGGAAUAUCAAUCGAGCCUGGCAGUUGUUUGAGAGCAUUUACACCGCAAAAGACUGCAAGGCUCUGGCCGAGCCAACAGAUCGUGAUUUGCAGUUGCUGAGUGAGGACAAGAUAUUUGCGCGCCUCCUCAGAGCCGUCACACGUGCCUUUUGUGAGGGCAGAACCAACUCGGUGACCCCAACCAAGGUCCUCUUUAAAUACCAACAACUCGGCAUUGCUCGCCCUGAUUAUUGGGUGAGGCCGACAAUAGCUCACUUGACGCUUGAAAUCAUAGCGGCUGUGAAUUCACCUUCUGGGGCGAAACGAGACCUUCAUGCACUGCUCCAAGAGCUGUUGUCCGUAUGGCGGCUUUUCUUCCAAUGCGUGGGACCAAAGAAUGGUUCAAUGGAGUCGAUUAGUACCGAAUGGAACAUACCAGGCACCGAGGCAAUCCCGGAGAUGCUUGACGAAAAGCAGUUUAAUAUGCGCUUACAAGGGUACAUACCUAACUAUGUCGCGAGUCCUGCCUUGGCCUUUUGCGCCGUCUACUUCUACAACAUCUCGGACGCGUUAGACCCGGCGACACACAAGCAAGCCGCACCUUUUCUGGCUUUUCUUACACGACUACUCGCCGGCUCGUUUGUAGACUCGAUUUUCAUAUUUACACAUAGCCCGGAUUUCAAAAAAUUGCCGGAAGAUGUACAGGACCAAGUCAUUCGAGAGAUUAAUGCUGUGCCCGGGAAAGCCAUGGUGGCUAUCGGAAAAAGUGGUGAGACUCUUGGAGCAGAUAACACCGGUGAUGCGUACUCCAACUUAGAAGCAUUCUUCAUGAAGACGAUAGCGCGUGCAGUCGAGACCAAAACUUCAGCGACUGCACUGGACGGUAUCUGGAAAGAAGUUGAGGAACAAUAUACCACGGAGAACAAGAUUGCUGCCAUACCUCCGUCCAUAUACAACGCCUUUCUUUCUGGGUACAUGACUGUUUUCCACCCACAACGCUCCGUUGAGAUCUGGAACCACAUGAUUGCCCACAAUGUCAAGCCAAACAUGCAUUCCUGGGUGGCGCUUCUGGAAGGCUGCGCAAAAGCAAAAGACCUCAACGGCUUGAAUGCAAUGUGGCAGCGCAUGUUGAACACUGGUCUUGAGCCCAGUAACUAUGCUUGGACGACGCGUAUCAAUGGCUUGGUGUCUCUGAAGCAGAUCAACAAGGCCUUUGUCGCAAUGGACGAUAUGGCCAAGCGCUGGGUUGCAGCAGAGAAUGCCAUCAACAACGCCCAGGCGCUUGCCAAAGGACAAAAAGGUCCGAAAAAGUCAUCGUUGAGCAAGGCAGUCAACACAUGCACAAAGCCCUCUAUCGAAGUUGUCAACGGUGCCCUAUCUGCCAUCGUACAGUUCCGUCCCAGAGACAUGAGCCACGAGAAGAAAGUAGAAUUCGUUCAGAAACUCCUUACAUGGUCGAAGAACUUCCAAAUCAAGCCUGACGCCAUAACCUACAAUUCUCUUAUAAAGCUCUACUUAAACGCAGGCGAUAGAUCCACCGCCUUUAGAAUCCUCUCGCAGAUGGAAAAGGAUGGGCUAGAGGGCGACGCGGCAACGCACGCAAUGCUUAUCAGCGCCGCAUUUGACAACCAAACCUUUGACAACCUAUCCGAAGCUCAACAAACUUCGCGCAUUCUAAAGAUGCUUGACGAUCUGGAAGCCAGUGGUAUCAAAAUGAACGACUACAUCUACUCUACGGCCAUUGAUCGUCUGUUGAAGAAAUACGCCAAUCAUGCCGCUGUGCGCGCGGUCCUGGAACAUAUGGCCAACAGAAAAUUGAUUCCGAGCGUACAUGCUUACACGUCUAUCGUCACACACUACUUCCAAUCCGAGCCACCUAACAUAUCUGGCGUUGAUGACGUCGUCCUCCGUCUCUUCAGCGCACCCCGUAUGCCCAGCGACAGCGUGCUCUUCGACCGGCUUCUCGAGGGGUACGCGAGCUUCGGUGAAGUGGGCAAGAUGAUGAGUGUACUCGCGCGUAUGAGCAAGCGGAAACACUUACCUGGUUGGGGUGCUUUGAUAGCCGUUGUCAAGGCGCUAGCAAGAGACGGAGAUUUUGAUAGGGCGAAGACUAUUGUGAGGGAUGUUGCUAGGGGGGAGGGUGUGGCAAGGGGCGGUAUCCUAGGGGAUCGGAAAGGGGAGGCUAUGUUCAUAAGAGUGGUUCGCGAAUUGGGAUUUGACGAUGAGAUAAUGGGAGACCGCAUAGGUGGUGAAGGGAGGGGUGGUGUCGCGGGGCUGGAGGGAAGUAUGUUGAAGCGGCAGCUUGAGGCUUCGCAGUACGAGAUGGACUCCGAUAGUGCGCAGUAUGAACAGCAACAGCAACCAUCGCCGGUCAUCGAGGAUGGUGGCGACAGUACGACUACAGGAACGGGGCGGGAACCCGGUAGCGUGGAUGAGGAUAUCCAUGGCUUCUUGGCCAACGAGUCCGAAGUUGGACAUAGGUAG